AUGGAUGCUUCUUUAUUAGAAAAUGGAAUAAAUAUGAACUUCAUUGAUAGAAUGUCUCAUUUGUAUGAUAGAUCUCAAAAGAAGGCAACAAAGAAAUUAAUUAUUGCAAGUAUUAUAUGUAUAAUAUUUAUGAUAAUCGAAAUAAUAGCUGCUAUAAUAUCCAAUUCGUUAUCAUUAAUGACUGAUGCAUCUCAUCUAUUUUGCGAUUUAUUAUCAUUUGCCUUAAAUUUAUUUUCCAUUUAUGUUUCCACUUUUGAGGGAAAUGUGGAUAUGUCUUUUGGAUAUCACAGGGCUGAAAUAAUAGGAGCAUUAUUUUCUAUCUUUUUUAUUUGGGCCUUAUCUGCCUAUAUUUUGUAUAGUGCUGUGUUCAGAUUAUUUGAAGUCCAAACUGUUGAUGGAUAUAUUAUGUUUGUUACUGCUUUUGUAAGCACAUUAGCAAAUAUAUUCAUUGCAUUCGUACUUAAAGUUCAUUCACAUGGGUUUGAAUUUAUUGGACAACGAAAAUGUAGCCACAGUGAUGGUUCCAGUGAACAUACUAAUCAUUUGGGAAUAUGGGGAAAUGAUACUAACAACGUUUCAAAAAAUGGAAAAUACAAAAACAUAAAUAGUGACAUUGUUUUAGUAGAUGAUGAUCAGGAUGGUGCUUCAGCGCAUGCAGUGGCAUAUAAUAAUAACAAUAUUUCUAUUGGAAAAAUCAAUACAAGUUCGUGUAGCUAUGUUGCUUUUGAUUAUUAUGAAAAUGUUAAUAAAAUUAAUAAAUAUAAUCAUCAUCAAGGGGAUUCAAGGGCUGCAGGAGGAACUGGUGAUGAAGGGGGAGGUGGAGGAUCAACACCCAACAUGACGGGAACAAUGACAGGAGGAAAAUACACACAAAACGUGCACCAAACAAUAUUGAACUCAUCAACAAGCCAUUUUCAACCGAAUAAUGAAGAAGAUGUUGAUAAUGAUGAUGAUAAUUUUAAAGUAGGAAUUAAUGAUUAUGUACAUAAAAGCAAUGGAACAAAUGAUAUGAGUAAAAAAAAAAAAAAAAAAAAAAAUUCGCAUAGCAGCUUGCACGAGGAUCGAAACACAGACUGUAAUAAUUCAUGUACGCUAUCAAAUCAGGAAAGAGAAGAAAAUGCCAUGUACGAUUCGAAUGGUAAUCAAUCCCUAGAAGGUACUUCCCUUGAAGUAGGGGAUCAUCUCACAGAUGAACAUAGAACUUGCGUGAAGCAUGAUCACUCCCACAGACACUCACACGAUCACUCACACGGCCACUCACACAACCAUAGGCGAAAGCAUAGUAGAGACAACGGUUCCGAUGUAUUAAACAGCAUCAGCUUAAAAACGGCGUACCUUCAUGCCAUUAGUGACCUAUUGCAAAAUAUAGGAGUAAUGAUUGCAUCUCUUAUUAUCUGGUAUAACCCCAAGUACUCAAUUACUGAUCCCAUUUGUUCAAUUAUUUUUUGCUUCAUUGUUUUUUCCACGACCAUAUCUGUAAUUAAAGAAAUUUUAAACGUAUUAAUGGAAGGAACACCUGUGAGCAUUAAUUUAAUCGAUAUAAAAAACGAUCUGUUGAAAAUACCUGGUGUUAUAGAUGUUCAUGAUUUACAUGUUUGGUCCUUGUCAAUUGGAAAACCGGCCCUAGCCUGUCAUAUAGUUGCACACAAAAAUUUCUCUCACACAGUUUUAAACAACGCUACUUUGCUUUGUCAAAAUAAAUAUAAAAUUUUGCAUACAACGGUCCAGACCGAUUAUCCAUCGAAUAUAUCAAACUGCGAAACAUAUGCUCAUCUUAAGUGCUCAAAUUUGAAAACAGAGACUCAGAAGUAG